GGUUUUCUUUUGUGGCAGAUGCGAGAGGAAUGAAAAAAUGGGGAAGCCGUACGAGGGAGCCUCUCUGCACUCUCAGGCCGCCGAUUUCCCUCCUUCCCUCGUGCGAGACUCCCCGCCCGCAACACCCCAAAAUGAUGAUGAUGAUGAUAAUAAUCAGCAAACAAAUUGGGAAUGGGAGUCUGUUAGUGGGUUGGAGCAGCAGCAGAGAAAAUCUCUGGGCAAACUAAGCACGCGCGGGGUCUACUGGAAGAAUCCUACGCAGAAUGCUUGCGGCUGCGCUCUGCUCUUGCUCUUCCAUGGCGGGGAUGUCGACGCUGACGGCAACUGCCUCUUCGCGGCCUUCCAGAAGGCAAUGCGGAUGAAUCCCAAUGUUACAGCAACAGACCUGCGUCGGAAGACAGUCGCGCGCUUUCUUCACGCCUACGAGUCUGCUACGCCCCAGGAAAAAGAGGAGAUCGAUAGAACUAUAAAAAAUUUGUAUUCCCCUCGUCUCGAUGCCGGAUGGGGUGUCCAUCUGGUCCAGGAGCAUAAACUUCUCGCUCCCAAGCGAGACCGUUAUGGUCUUAACGCUUCCAUCCAGCAACUUCUUCAACUUAGCUUCGUCAGAGAAACGGCAGCAGAAUGCAUUUACAAGGAAAGAUGUAUUGUGGUAGAAGAUGGGCUGAGUUGGGGUAAGUACAUGUCCAUUUGCGGCAGCAGUGAUGAUGAGUACGAUAUUAUUACGCUGCAAUACACGGAAGAGGGUCUUUUGUCUGUCGAUGAAAACAGCCAGGGCCGUGCUGCUGCCUUUGGAGACGACAUUGCUAUCUACACUCUCGCUACUGAGUUCAACCGUGAAAUAUUUGUGGUUCAAGCUCACGGGUCUGAUGGAAUGAUUGAAGAUGAUGAUAGCUGCUUAUUUUUUCUUCCUCACCGACCUAGGAGUGAAAUUUUUCAUCCCCCUGUUUUCCUCUUCAUGAAGGGCACAGGUUGGUGUGGUGCUGGGGCUGAUCACUACGAGCCAUUACUUGCUUAUCCUGCUCCAGUAAUUUCACAGGAGAAGGCUGCAUUUGUCCUUUGACCUUGAAGAAAAUUUCAUUGAUGCUUUUGAAGAUGUCGUUCCUUUGGAAAUGGAACUGUUUGCGGCAACAGAGUUUAAUGCAUUUUGACAUUUGGUCAUUUUGUAGGAGUUUAGGAGUUUUAAACAAAAAGGGUUCUGGGUCUUAGGAUCGUCUUUAUCAAAAUUGUUAUUUAUUGAAAACCUGGCUCUUUUCUUUUCGGUGAAGAUUCCAUUUGUUGUGUUCUUUUGAGUUACGAUCAGGUCAGACAAUUUAGUUGGGCUGUUUGAGAGAAUUCCUUUCUUAAAAAGGUGCCCUGGUUGUAGGAAAAAGUGGCUAGUGCAAUUUGAAGGAAAGCUAUAUUUUUUUGGCGGCUGAUUUGAAGGAAAGCAAUAUGUACUUCAGUGUAGAAUGUUUGGA